AAGCGAUGGGUUUUAGUUAGGGUUCUUGCAAUUAGGGCUCUUGGUGGAUGAAGGCCCUGUGGCGGAUCCUCUCGCGGCACUCGCAGAUUCAGCGGCAGCUCCAAGGCUCUCGGUUUGUUCACAGGUGGUUUGAUCCGGCGGCUGUCGGAUUCAGGCCUGCAUUUGACGCUUCGGAGAUUCGAGCAGCGAGACGAGGAUUUUGCACCGUCGUUACGGGGAAUGGGAGUGCUGGGAAUGUGAAUGCGGCGCCUAAGCGCGUAAAGAAGGUGAUUAAUACUGCCGCAGUGCAUGAGAAUGCCGAGGCAAUUUCAACGAAGAAUGCCGAGGUGGUUCCAUCAACGAAGAAUGCCAAGGCGACGAAAUCUAAGGCCAAGACUGCUGAGGUGAAAUCUACCGCAGACAAGAAAUCGAAGAAUCUCAAAACUGUUACAGCGAAAAAUGUCGAAGCUUCUUCCACAAUCAAAGCUAAGAACGAGGAAGCAAUAGUUCUCGAGAAGAAAGUUCUUGGAGCGAAGAAGAAAGAUAUCAAGACUUCUUCCACGACAGACACUAAGAAUGAGGCCCAAAACAAAGCAACAGAAGCUUCUCAAGCAGAUAGAGCCCUCGAACAGACAACUCUCGGGGGUCCUCUGGCAGAGAAAGUUCUCGAGGAGAAAGUCCUUGGAACUCCUCCUCUAGCAAAUGCUCUUUCGAUCGUUGUUGAGUCUCCGCCAGCUUCUAAGGUGGAAACGAGACGAUCGGGAAGAAGACCAAACAAGCAGCCUGAGAAGCUGGACUUGGGGAAGUACUUCCAAGCCGUUGGCGACGAUGGAGAUGUGUUCCAGGAAGAAGAGCUGGAUCUGGAGAAACAGAAGAAGGUGGCGAAGCCAGCAUUGCCAGAAAUGGUUCCCGAGGGGUUUGCCGACCCCACUGCGUUGUUCCAGGCGAUGGUCACGUCGCCACCGCUGCCACUGACUCCCGAUGAGAAGCUCCGGCUUGGAGCGGUCCUCGACAGGUUUGCCGAGAGAGGCUGGGCAAAAACGCAGGCUCUCGCCGUCUACAUCAACUCCAAGUUCUUCCCACAGGCUGUCAGCAAGUUCCGGAAGUUCUUCACGGCGAAGUGUCCGGUGCUUCUCAAGGACGUGCUGCUCAAAGUGGGACCUUGUGAUGAAGCUGAGGAGUACCUCUUCCCGAUAUUUGCCGAGUUUUGCAUCUCCGAGUUCUCGAACGAGAUAACCAGAUACAGGGAGCUAGUCACGUCCGCGGACCUGACAAAGCCACACGCCUGGUUUCCAUUCACUAGGGCCAUGAAGAGAAAGGUGAUAUACCACUGCGGCCCGACGAACAGUGGCAAGACUUACACGGCUCUCCAACGGUUUUUGCAAGCUGAGACUGGCAUCUACUGCUGCCCGCUGCGUCUCCUGGCCAUGGAGAUUUACGAGAAGUCCAACAUGUCCGGAGUUUAUUGCAGUCUUCACACGGGCCAGGAGAGGAGGGAAGUUCCUUUUGCAACUCACCUUGCCUCCACCGUGGAGAUGGCCGUGCUCACAAAGCCUUGGUCAGUGGCAGUCAUUGACGAGGUCCAGAUGACAGCAGAUGAGUUUCGAGGCUGGGCCUGGACUAGAGCUUUUCUAGCACUGCGGGCCGAUGAAGUCCACCUCUGUGGCGAUCCAAGCGCGCUGGAGCUGUACAAAACUUUGUGUGCGGCGACGUGUGACGAGUUUGUGGAGCAUCACUACGAGAGGUUCAAGCCGCUCACCAUCGACCGGACGUCUGCCAAAGGCAACUUCGACUUCAUCGAGGCCGGGGACUGCGUGGUGGCAUUCUCCAGAAAGGAGAUUUUCCAAGUCAAGCUGGAAAUCGAGCAGAGAACCAAGCACAAGUGCUGUGUGGUUUAUGGAGCUCUCCCACCCGAGACGAGAACGCAGCAAGCCAAGCUCUUCAACGAUCCCAGCAGUGGAUACGACGUGCUGGUUGCAAGCGACGCAAUUGGAAUGGGACUCAACCUCAACAUCCGGAGGGUCAUCUUCAACUCCCUGGACAAGUUCAACGGCGAGCAGCGCAUUCCAGUUCCAGCGUCACAGGUGAAGCAGAUCGCCGGACGAGCCGGGAGGCGCGGAAGCUUGUAUCCCGAGGGACAAGUCACGACGCUCUAUGCCUCGGACAUCCCCUACCUGGUCGAGUGCAUGAAGCAGCCAUUCGAAGACGCACCGAGCGCCGGCCUCUUUCCGGUCUUCGAGCAGCUGGAGCUCUUUGCCAGCCAGCUCCCGGAUAUCACCUUCUCCCAGCUCCUGGACCGCUUCUCGGAGCACUGCCGGCUGGACGGGACGUACUUCCUGUGCAAGAACGACAACUUGAAGAAGGUGGCGGCGGCGCUGGAUGCCAUCGGCGGGCUGUCCCUCGAGGACGAGUACAACUUCUGCUUUGCGCCGGUGAACAGCCGGGAUCCAAAGUCCAUGGGCUCGCUCCAGCGCUUCGCGUCGGCCUACAGCAGGAAGAUCCCGGUGAGGCUGUCCAUGGGGAUGCCGCAGAGGACUGCCAGCGACAACGCGGGGAUCUACGACUUGGAGACGCGGCACCAGCUGCUGUCCAUGUACCUUUGGCUCAGCCAGCACUUCCCGGCGCCAGCGUUCCCAGAGAGGCAUCAGGCGGCGGAGAUGGCGUCCAAGAUUGCCGAGAUGCUAGGCGAGUCGCUGGUGCUCUUCACGGGAGAGGAGGCCCGCAAGAGGCAAGAGGAGAUGCGAGAGCGAGAGCACGGUGGUGGCUGCGGGAGGGAGAGCGUGAAGCAAUCGCAGUCACGCUUAUCUCUCCAAAUGCAAACCAUGAGAAAGCAACUUUGCGCUGCGUGAUACCGUGUUCUAGUUCUCACUCCAUGAUUUGUAAGGUAACUUUUUUUUCUAAAGUAAAAAAGGUCUGAAUUAAGCAAAACCCUACAAAAGCUGGGUUUUAAGACAUGGGGAAGAUCAGGAUUGUGAUUGUGGGAGACGUCCAUGACGCGUGUUGGAUGCCCAAGCCCUGGAGCUUCUCAAGCCGGAUUUAGUGCUGUUUGUGAGCGACUUUUGGCGAUGAGAACGUCUAGAUUGUGCAAAAGAUAAGCAAGCUAGAUUACUGGGUAUAACUAUGUGGAAAAUUUGGUGGUAUUAUAUAUGUAAUUAAGUGUC